CGUUAUGGUUGGGAGUGUGUUUGACCUUCUGAACGAACUUUUUUUUUACGAUAGAGAAAACUUUGUAAAAAAUAAGGACAAUGGACCGAAAAACUUUUCAAAGCCUUUAACUCUUCGAGAGCGUGUCUUAAAGGGCAUAAACGAAAAUGGUGCAGACGAUAGGCCCUCAAAUAUUCCAGGCCUUGUAGUUGAAAAGGAAAAUAACCCAAAAACAUUAAGAAACGAGAUCCUCAUUGAAAGUGCGCCGGAAAAGGAUUUUUUACGUAAUAUGAACGUAGUUUAUUUUGACUUUGAACGCCCAAGUAACACUGGACGAGAUAUUCCCAAUUCUAAAGUUUUUGAGUUACCUGCAAGCAGUCAAGAUUUUAUAUUUCCCUUUUUUCGUGCUUUUGAAGACAUGUUUGCAGAACUUGGUGGUAUAGCAGGCACUAGAAAUGAAUUUCUGUGUCUCAAAAAUUUAAUAAGAAAUUCUGCUGGGGUUGAUGAGAACAUUCGCGGUCCUUUAGAGUUUAAAGUGAUAAACGGCAGUUAUGAAAAAAGAAUAGUCACACAGAGCGGCAAUAAAAUAGUUGAAGUUAUUGAAAAACAAAAUUCAGAUGGUGAGUUUACGCGCGAAGAAAAAAGAACCGAAAUGAGCAAUUCAGGCGCUCCGGGCUUCUUUUUCAAAAACCCAGUCGUACAAGAGAAGGGGGAGGCCAGCAAGACAAAGGCAUGGUGGUCUUUCUGGCCUUUUUCUUAAGAAGAGGUCUCGAGCAAAAGAC